AUGUCUGAAUUGGUUGCUAGUUCUUAUGGUAAGGCCAACGUCAAGUUCUUGAAGGUCAAGAAGAACCCCUCUAACCCGGAUGAACAAGAGGUAUUGGAAGCAAAUGUUCAAUGUCUCUUGAAAGGAGACUUCGAUAUUGCCUACACUAAGGCCGAUAAUGCUCCUAUUGUCCCUACAGAUACCGUUAAGAACACGAUUUUGGUGGAAGCCAAGAAUACCGACGUGUGGCCAAUUGAAAGGUUUGCUGCCCAUUUGGCCAAGCACUUCACUGGUAAAUACUCCCAGGUCCACAGUGUUGAGAUCACAAUCGUGCAAUCCAGAUGGAGCAAAUUUCCUUUGCUGAAUGGUAAAGUUCACCCUCAUUCUUUCAGAUAUGACGGUCCUGAAACAAAGAGAACCUUCUUGACCUACGACAAGUUCUCCAAGAAGUUGACUCUUACCUCCGCCAUCAAGGACUUGACAGUAUUGAAGUCCACUGGCUCGAUGUUCUACGGCUAUAAUGUGUGUGACUAUACCACAUUGGCUCCUACCACGGACAGAAUCCUCUCGACGGAUGUGUAUGCCUUGUGGACUUUCGACCCUAAGGCUGUUCCUACCUUGGAUUCUGUUUUGCAGAAGGCAGAUGAAGGAUUGUUUGAUUCCACAUAUGAUAAGGCCAGAAACACCACAUUAGAGAUGUUUGCUUUAGAAAAGUCAGCUUCUGUGCAAGCAACUAUGUACAACAUGUCCCACAGCAUCUUGGAGCAGGUUCCAGAGGUUGCAACAGUGUCCUAUGAGUUGCCUAACAAACACUACAUCUUGUUCAACUUAGAAUGGAAGGGCAUUAAGGGUAACAAGGAGUUGUUCUACCCAUCUCCAGACCCAAACGGCUUGAUCAGAUCCACCGUAGGCAGAAAAGGAGCAGCCAAGUUGUGA